AUGUUUAACAACGAGCUCUUAAGCGAUGUGAAGUUUAUUGUGCGAGACCCUGAGGGCGGGGGUGAAAGUAUAAAGACGAUUCCCAGCUCACAAGUUCGUGUUGGCGAUCAGUAGCCCAGUAUUUUACGCCAUGUUCUUCGGUGAAUUAGCAGAGACGACGAAUUCUAUCAACUCCUCUGACUGCGAGUAUCCAAGCUUGCUGGAGUUGUUUCGCUUCAUUUACAGCGAUGAAGUGAACUUGGACGCCGACAAUGUCAUGCAAGUGUUGUAUUUAGCGAAGAAAUAUAUGCUUCCUUCUCUUGUUGACCAGUGCACAGAUUUCUUAGGAAAAAAUCUUGAUGCAUCAAAUGUGUUUCAUGUCCUGCCAGAAGCACAGACUUACGAAGAGAAAAAUCUGGUGGAUAAAUGCUGGAAAGUGAUCGAUGAACAUGGAGACGAAGCUGUAAAAUCGGAUGCUUUCGCAACAAUCGAGAAAUCUCUACUGGAGGAAGUAGUGGAGAGAGAGUCUUUGAAUGUUACAGAAGUGUAGUUAUUCAAAGCUGUUGACUGCUGGGCCAGAAGAGAAUGUGAAAAGAAAAACUUGAUCGCCGAAGGCUCUGUGAAGAGGGAGAUUCUCGGAGAAAGGAUCGUUAAGGCAAUUCGCUUC